CAGUCACGCGGGCGCUGGACGGAAGCGGAAGCGGAGCGGGGUCCCGGCGGCGUUUUGGACACGGAAGUAGCGCGGGGUCCGGGCAGUGGGUUCCGCAGCGGGGACCAGCUCCAGAGACCGGACACAGCGCGAUAGCGGCGUCCCCCACCAUGGCCGCGACAGCCAACCUGCAGAAAGCAAUAGAUCUCGCUAGCAAGGCAGCGCAAGAAGACAAAGCAGGAAACUAUGAGGAAGCACUCCGCUUGUACCAACAUGCUGUGCAGUAUUUUCUCCAUGUAGUUAAAUAUGAAGCACAGGGUGAUAAAGCAAAACAAAGUAUCAGAACGAAGUGUACAGAAUAUCUGGACAGAGCAGAAAAACUGAAGGAGUAUCUGAAAAAGAAAGAGAAAGCUCCAGCAAAGCCAGUGAAAGAGUCUGGUCCAUCUGAUGAAAAAGGGACUGACAGUGAUGGGGAAGGAGAAUCUGAUAAUCCUGAAAAAAAGAAACUACAGAAUCAACUUCAAGGUGCCAUUGUUAUGGAGCGACCAAAUAUAAAGUGGGGUGAUGUUGCUGGUCUUGAAGGAGCCAAAGAAGCACUUAAAGAGGCAGUGAUAUUGCCCAUUAAAUUUCCUCAUCUAUUUACAGGAAAGAGAACACCUUGGAGAGGAAUUCUUCUGUUUGGGCCACCAGGAACAGGAAAAUCUUACUUGGCAAAAGCUGUGGCAACGGAAGCCAACAACUCUACAUUCUUCUCAAUAUCCUCCUCUGACCUUGUCUCAAAAUGGUUAGGAGAGAGUGAAAAAUUAGUGAAAAACUUAUUCCAGCUUGCCAGAGAAAACAAACCUUCUAUUAUCUUCAUUGAUGAGAUAGAUUCUCUGUGUGGAUCAAGAAGUGAGAAUGAAAGUGAGGCUGCCAGACGAAUUAAAACAGAAUUCCUAGUUCAGAUGCAAGGGGUUGGUGUAGACAAUGAAGGAAUCUUGGUUUUGGGAGCUACAAACAUACCCUGGGUUCUGGAUUCUGCUAUCAGGAGAAGGUUUGAGAAGCGUAUUCAUAUUCCUUUGCCUGAGGACCACGGUAGGACUGCUAUGUUUAAGCUUCACCUUGGGAGUACCCCAAACAGCCUGACAGAAUCAGACUAUCGAGAGCUUGGAAAGAGAACUGAUGGCUAUUCUGGUGCUGACAUAAGCGUCAUUGUCCGCGAUGCACUGAUGCAGCCUGUUAGGAAAGUGCAAUCAGCCACUCACUUUAAGAAAGUAAGAGCACCAUCGCUGACUGACCCAAAUAUUUUGGUAGAAGACAUGCUUACUCCGUGCUCCCCAGGUGAUCCUAAUGCCAUUGAAAUGACCUGGAUGGAUGUCCCAGGGGAUAAGCUGUUGGAGCCUGUUGUUUCCAUGGCUGAUAUGCUAAGGUCACUAGCUAGCACAAAACCAACAGUAAAUGAACAGGAUCUGGAAAAAUUAACGAAGUUUACAAAAGACUUUGGUCAGGAAGGCUAAACCAAAGACAGUCAUGGAACACUCCACCUUAUGUUUUCUCUUUCAUAGGUAUUUUUGCCUCCUUAUUGAUGGCAUUUCAAAUAAUUGCCAAUGGAAAAAAAAAUCACUUCCUUCUUACUUUGCACAUGGAAUAGAAGAUAUCUUUGCAAAGACCCUUUGAGCUUUUGUAUUGUAUUGUUUUCCUCAAAUGUCUAUUAAAUGUCUUCUACUGAGAGGUAAUACUAAGAGUAUAAUUUUAGGAUCCUAUGGCAAAGCAAAAGUGAUGUGGUAAAUUGUAUUUAAAUAUUAGAAAUCUCUUAAAAGAUUAGUUAAGUUUUACUAAAUGUUAAAUUUUAGGCUAUAUCUGGUAGGCCUGGCUAUAAAUUAUUUAUGAAGUCCCAUUGAGCCCAACAAUAAAUGACCUUUUUGGGGGUGGGAGAGGAUGUGUGUAUCUGUCAAGUGUUCUGAAUGUCAGUCAGUUAGCCUGCACGUUAAUUGCUUUCUUUUCAGUUAGAUAAAUACAUAAAAAUUUGCUAAUAAAUCAGAUUUUGUAGAUGUAUAUGUCCUGUAAAAUAGGUAUGCAAAGAACACUGUGAUGGAGGCUAAUAUUUUGAACUUAUGUAAUGGCCAGUACUUAUGAGAAAUACAGAUAUUGAACUGGUACUUGGCUCUUUUUCUGGUAUGCUGUGUUUAAUUAUUGCCUUAAACAGCAAACUUUUGUUUUUUAAUUCUGUUAGCUGAUCGACAUCUGUCACUGUGCAAUCUAGCAAAGACUUACUAAAUUUAAGAAUCUUGGAAGAAAGUUCUUCACUGAUUGGUUUUUUUUUUUAAUUCAGAUUUACUUUCAGCAGGAAUUUUGACCAAACACAUAGAAUGUUUUAGAGUACUUGCAUAAGAUUACAGAAUUGAAGGCCUGCAAGGUAUAACCAGUCUUUGAAUAUUGUAAGUGAGGUACUUCUGGAACUAACUUGUGAUCUUAUUUUCAGAACCUGGGAAAUUUAGGGAGGAAAUAGUAAAAGGCUACAACUUUGAGAUGAUGGGCUAAAUUGUCCCAAGUACCUCCUUUAGUACAGUGCAUAGCAUGUAUCAAUUUAAUGCUUAAAGAUUUUGAAAAUACCUCUCUAAACAAAAUACAAUAGUAGUAUCAUGUUACUUCCUGUGAUUUUUUUCUAAAGGAGUAUGGGUUCUAAGAUGUGCCUGAAUGUAACUUACAACACUAUAGUGUCAGCAUUGAGUUUGUGCCUUGUAAGUUUGCACUGUACAGUAGAUAUGAAAGAUCAUUGAGGUAUUUAGAAUACAGUACAUUCCAUUAUUACUGUAAAAUUCUAUCCCUGCAUAUGCUUUGUUUAAACUAACUUGCAUUAAAAAAGAAAUUUGCACAUUUCGUAGAUAUAUUAUAUGGUCACCUUUUGAUGGGUUUGGUUUUCUUUUAUGUACAUAUUUUGUGUACUGUAUAAAUCAUAGCACUGGUGAAAUUUGCUGUACUUAAAUGAAGUAAAAUGUCAUAGUACAACAA